GGGUCCCGGCCGGCUGGAGCCGAGUGCGGCUUUUCGUCACUCGGAGCCCGGAUUGAACGGCGCGCGUGGGUUUCCCCCGGGCCCUGGCGCAUACGCGCGGGCUCGGUGGCGCUGCCUGUUUGAUGGUGAGAGUGCCUACGUGGGGAUGAGUGACGGGAACCCAGAGCUCCUCUCAACCAGCCAGACCUACAAUAGCCAGAACGAGAGCAACGAAGACUAUGAGAUCCCCCCGAUAACCCCUCCCAACCUCCCGGAACCUCCCCUCCUGCACUUGGGAGACCACGAAGCCAGCUACCACUCGCUGUGCCACAGCCUGGCACCCAACGGACUGCUCCCCGCCUACUCCUACCAGGCCAUGGACCUCCCGGCUAUCAUGGUGUCCAACAUGCUGGCCCAGGACAGCCACCUGCUGUCGGGACAGCUGCCCACGAUCCAAGAGAUGGUCCACUCGGAGGUUGCUGCCUAUGACUCGGGCCGGCCAGGGCCCCUUCUGGGCCGCCCGGCAAUGCUGACCAGCCACAUGAGCGCCCUCAGCCAGUCCCAGCUCAUUUCUCAGAUGGGCAUCCGGAGUGGCAUCACCCACAGCCCCCCGUCACCCCCGGGGAGCAAGUCAGCGACCCCAUCACCCUCCAGCUCAACUCAGGAGGAGGAGUCUGAAGCCCAUUUCAAGAUGUCAGGAGAGAAGAGACCCUCAACUGACCCAGGAAAAAAGGCCAAGAACCCAAAGAAAAAGAAGAAGAAGGACCCCAACGAGCCGCAGAAGCCAGUGUCAGCCUAUGCGCUCUUCUUCAGAGACACUCAGGCCACCAUCAAGGGACAGAACCCCAGCGCCACCUUCGGGGAUGUGUCCAAAAUCGUGGCCUCCAUGUGGGACAGCUUGGGAGAGGAACAGAAGCAGGCCUACAAGAGGAAGACCGAAGCAGCAAAGAAGGAAUAUCUGAAGGCUCUGGCAGCCUACAGGGCUAGCCUUGUCUCCAAGAGCUCCCCAGACCAGGGUGAGACCAAGAGCACUCAGGCCAACCCGCCAGCCAAAAUGCUGCCGCCCAAGCAGCCCAUGUAUGCCAUGCCAGGCCUGGCCUCUUUCCUGACGCCGUCGGACCUGCAGGCCUUCCGCAGUGGUGCCUCCCCCGCCAGCCUGGCCCGGACGCUGGGCUCCAAGUCACUGCUGCCCGGCCUCAGCACGUCCCCCCCGCCACCACCCGCCUUCCCACUCAGCCCCCCGCUGCACCAGCAACUGCCACUGCCCCCCCACGCCCAGGGCGCCCUCCUCAGUCCUCCCGUCAGCAUGUCCCCCGCCACCCAGCCUCCUGUCCUGCCCACUCCCAUGGCACUCCAGGUGCAGCUGGCUAUGAGCCCCUCACCUCCAGGGCCACAGGAUUUCCCUCACAUCUCCGAGUUCCCCAGCGGCUCCGGGUCCCGCUCACCUGGGCCAUCCAACCCCACGAACAGCGGAGACUGGGACAGCAGUUACCCCAGUGGGGAGUGUGGCAUCAGCACUUGCAGGCUGCUGGAAGGGCCCACAGCAGGAAAGAGGCCUUGGCAGGAAGCAGGGUGACCUUCAAGAGAGAGCAGUGACACGCCAAUGCACCAAGGCUGAGUCUCGUCCUCGACCUCUUACCAGACUGCAGAGGCAGCCCACCGCCCACCGCCAGCCCAAAGAACCUGCAGGAACCUUCUGCCCCCUGACCUGCUUGCUCCAGGGUUACUGUGGACCCCGCUCCUCGUUCUGCACACCAUACCCUAUGUCUGGACAUCUGGCCCCAGCCCAGGUCACGUGGGCUGCCCCUGGAGGGCUUGCUUACCAACAGAAACCCACCCCCGAUGCAUGGGGCAGGGGCCAGUCCAGCCACAGAUGUGCAAAUGUGGUUUUACAGUGUGAACAAGAGAUUAUGAAACCUAUAAACUGCUGGCUCCGUGUAAGUAGUUGACUAAGUGUUUUAGAACUGUGCUGAAGACAACUGUAAGAUUAUUUUGUGUGGGGGGGGCGAAAGUAGUUUCCUUUAAGGUAAAAAGCAUUUUAUAUGACCCUUAGCACAUUUUUUUUUAAGUUUUAUCUUAAGGGAGACGUGCAUAAAAGUGGCUGUCAAACCAUUUCAUCAUCUGUAGAGUAAGAGCUGGACAAUUUAUAGCCACAGUUGGAGGCGUUGCGCUUUUUUUUUUUUAAACCAUAUGUCCACCUAUUUAAAAUUGCCAAUGACAACUUUUGUCUCUUUACAAAGAAAACCUGAGAACAGAAAGGCAGUUUAUCAUAAAGUGUGCGUGGUUUUGGAGUUUGAUUUGGGUUCUUUAUGUUGUUUGCAGCUGUUUCCUGGCUCUGGCAAAUGUCUGGCUCAGUGCCCAGUGCUUCUCUCAAAUUUCUUUAUAAUAAAACUUCUGAAAAGUUGAAAAAAAGGCUGUCUCUUUUUGCCCUUCGUAAGCCAAGGCCAGGUCUUCAAAAGUGGCAUUUGGUGAUGGCUUUGCCAGGACACAGCCUUUGAUGUCAGUCAGAUUCAGGUAAGGUCUCACCUGUCAUUUACCUGCCCUUGAGGGUCUGUGUGGGUGACGGGGCCUCCCCGGCCUCAGUUUUGCCAUCUAUGAAAUAGGUUAAUAAUGGCACA